CAUAUGUAAAACAUAUGGAGCACUUUUCUGGAAGAAACCAUAUGUUUUUACCAUAUGUAAAAUAUGUGGGUCACAUACAUUUAACAUGUGGUGCAUAAUUUACCGGUGUACUUACAUGGGUUUUGUCUGAUAUAAUCAUGGCCCUUUCUAAACUUUGAAAAAAAAUGCAUUAUGCCAGCUCUUUUUGUUUUAAGAAUAGUUUGUAUUCACUGUCUUAUGGCUCUAACUUGUUCAUAAUGUUUUAUAUAUUAGAUAAUAAUGGUAGCAAUAUGAUAUUUUAUGGGGUUUCAUAUAGCAAAGGAAAACCCUAUUCCUACCACUUCUUUAAUCAGUACAUAUACUCUUUUCAUUUAACGUCUAUAAUUAAAUACCACUUAUACUUUUAUUUCAGAUUUCCAACUGAGAGGUCAAGAUUACAUCAUUUGAAGAGGAAAUUCUAUGAGAAAUGUAGAAUCCCAAACGUAAUCGGAGCAGUAGAUGGAACCCUCAUCCCUAUUCAGGGUCCAUCACAGGAUGAGGCAGCUUAUGUCUGCAGAAAAGGGUUCCAUGCUCUUUAUGUUCAGGCAGUAGUCGAUGCUGAAAUGAGAUUCACAGAUGUUGUUUCAAGGUGGCCUGGUUCACAGCAUGAUGCGGCCAUUUUCAAUGCUUGUGGGUUAAAGACACAUUUAGAACAAAGUAAUAAUGGGUUGUUAUUGGGGGAUAGUGGGUACCCUCUUAGGAGGUACCUCUUGACCCCAAAGGUGAAUCCGACAACACCACAAGAGGAAGCCUUCAAUAAACACCAUAGCAGAGGCAGAAUGGUGGUAGAAAAAGCCUUUGGUAUACUGAAGUCACGUUUCAGAUGCCUACACAAAAGUGGUGGUGUUCUACCGUUUUCACCAAAAAAGAGCAGCCAAGUUGUGGUAGCAUGUAUGAGGCUACAUAACUUUUGUAAAACUAGAGGAGUACAAGAGCCUGUGGAGAUCAUCACACAGGAUGAUGAUGAUGAUGAUAAUAAUUUACCAAAUGGAGACGACAGAAGUAAUAAUAACCUUAGACAGGAAUUAGUUAAUUUAUUCUGAAAAAAUGUUUUUA